AUGGGCGAUUACCAGAUCUCGGUGGAGGAGCUGAACGAGCUCCUGUCUAACGGGAGCGGCUGCUACAGCCUGCCCAGCGCGCACAGCAACGAGGUGGUGCCGCGCAUCCACGUGGGGAACGCGUUCAUAGCCAAGAACAUAAUGAGGCUGCAGCAUCUGGGGAUAACCCAUGUUCUGAAUGCAGCAGAGGGGAAAUCAUUCAUGCAUGUGAACACUAAUGCAGAGUUCUAUGAAGGCUCAGGCAUCAGAUACCAUGGCAUUAAAGCCAAUGACACACAGGAAUUUAACCUCAGUCGCUACUUUGAGGAGGCAGCUGAUUUUAUUGACAAAGCCCUUUCCCAGAAGGAUGGCCAGGUGCUGGUGCACUGCCGGGAGGGCUACAGCCGCUCGCCCACGCUGGUCAUCGCCUACCUGAUGCUGCGGCGGGGCAUGGACGUGCGCAGCGCGCUCUGCGCCGUGCGCCAGCAGCGCGAGAUCGGCCCCAACGACGGCUUCCUCCGGCAGCUCUGCCAGCUCAACCAGCGCCUGCUGAAGGAGGGCAAGGUCCAACCCUAGAGCGCUGCACCGCACUGGGGGUUUUGGGGUUUUUGGUUUCUCAGAGCUUUAGGGGAUGGGUUAGGAGCUUUAGAGACGCAAAUUUCAACCGCCCCCGGGGCUGGAAUUGCUGCUUGUCUAGUGAAAAUAUCCGUCUGGAGCUCUGUGAUGGUUUCGAGGUGGGACAAAAUUGUGUCGCUGUUUGGAGCUGUUGCCAUCAAGGGAUGUUUGUAGAGGGAUAAGUCCAGCUGUCUUCACACACAUUUCAGAGCCCCUGCAGACUCCAUAGCGUAUGGUUUGCAUUGACAUUGAAUGUGAUUUGUUUAAGCUUUGUCUUUAGCUUGUCAUGACUGAUUGAUUAUAUGCAAGUGCUUUAUUGAAGAGCUCUGGAUGUCAGGGGCACAGACCCAAAUCUGACUCCACCAUGGGUUCAGGAUGAACACAGUUUUAUACCCUUAUUCUAUAACUAGAUAUUAAUUAUUAAACUUAAAUUGUUCUAUUGUAUACAUUGAGUUCAUCCAAGGAUUCUUGUAAUUUAACGAGCCCUUGGGAACACUGGACUGGGACUGUCCCAGUACCAUUCCCAGUGUCCCCAGUGCCCCUCCCAGUGCCCACAUUUCCCUGUUCCCAGUGCAAACUGGAGCUGGUGGUUGGGUCCCUGGCGUCCUGCAUGGAGCUGGUGCCCAGGAUGAGCCCUUGGGGACACUGCACUGGGACUGUCUCAAUGUCCCCAGUGCCACUCCCAGUGUCCUCAGUGUCCCCAGUGCCACUCCCAAAACAAAAAUCCAAUACAUUGAUUUCAUCCAAGCAUGGAUUUCUGUAAUUUCCAUCAAACCCCCCAAACAUGGUUUCUCAUUAUUCUUGUUAUGAUUAAACAAUAAUUAUAUCCAACUACCAAACAAUCAUCACAUUUAACAAUUACAUCAUUUAUCAUAUAACAAUCAUAUCUUUUAUCAUAGUCAUUAAAUGAUUAUACAGGUGCAGUUUUGCAUGAUCCAGUAAACCCUAACAUUUUCCCAGGCCCAACUUUUCCAAGUCCCCUGAAUAUCCCAUGAUUUUAGAAACAUUUUAUCCCUGUACUAUCAACCAGAGCACCAGCUCCCAAAAGCCCCAACACAUCCCUUCACUCACUCUUAAUAGGAGCACUGUAAUUUCUAAAGCUUCUUUUUCAUGCACACAGGUGCCUAAAGUUUGAAUGUAGGAGCUUCAAGGAAUGGGAAGCAUAUGUACAAAUGCACAGAUGCACUCACUUGGAAAAUAAAGUGCAUGCAGUGUUUUGUGUGGAUUUAUGCAAUGCACAGUGUGAGAGUAAAGCCAUUCAGAACCCAUGCUUGAUGCACUCUGUGUUUCCAAGAAUAGUUUUUUAUCUUUUCUGUUACAAUGGACAUGAAAUAGUCUGUUAUUAAAUGCUCUUUUAUUUUUAUUUCAAAAUCGUAGUAGAAAAAAUGUCAAGAACGAAUGCUGAGGGAAGAACUUGAACAAGGAAGAAAUGAUAUUAGUAUUUAGAAGUGUUUGUGGUGGAUGUAUAAUUUAAGUAUCCUAAUAUAAUGCCUUUCAAAGCUUAUAUGGAAUUACAGUGUCUUUAUCUCUUCUUUGCUAUCACUGUUCAGUAACAGAAUGGAAUGAGCUCACGUGCAGGUUCCUUCCAGCACAGGUGUGCUUACAGAGCAGUUUGCACAAGAACACUCUUGGAUUGCUUGCAUGGUGUCAUGAAAUAAAAAUGAGCAUUGUAAUGUACCACACUGUAUAGGAAAUAUUUACAUUGUACUCAAAUAAAUGAUGACUUGGUUCUGUUUA